AUGGCAGUGCUGAAAAUAGCAGAAUCAACUGCAGACAAAGUUGAUCGCCCUGUAUCCACCUCCAUAUAUUUUCUUCUUCCUUCUGGGAACGUAUCUCGUCUCCAUCGCAUACCCUGUGUUGAAACCUGGCAUCAUUAUAUUGGUGAACCUAUCACAAUAGUGGAAUUGAAUAAGAAGGAUGGAAGUGUCAAGUUUACGUGCCUUGGAUCGGAUCUGAGUGAUUAUCAUAUACCGCAAUACACAGUGGCUUCCAACGUCAAUGUAUGGUUUGGUUCAUUUCCCACUAAGGAUUUUAGCGUUGUAUCUUCAUAUGGGGCAUUGGUGAGAGCUGCAGCUAGAGAUGGUGAGAGUCACUACUCUCUUGUGGGAUGCACUUGUGCACCUGCUUUUCAGUUCCAGGACUUUGAGCUCGCAAAACGUUCUCAACUCAUUGCUCGCUUUCCCCAAAUGGAGCCUCUCAUUACUGUUCAACCAAAUCAAGCAAUUUACCCCGGUUUCUUUAAACAAGGUUUUAAGAGGGGAAAGAAAAGAAACAGAGGGUUUUAG